GUAGUAUCUCGGAGGCAUUUCACCGUUUCCCUCGAGAGCUUCCAUGAGAAACAACAGCAGUAGUCGCUCCAACUCGAAGUGGCGACAAACGUAAGGAGCGACCACAAUGGCAACCGAUCCCUCCGGGAUCCCUGACCAUGUACUGGGACCACCAGUCAAAGGCGAUGAUUGAAAACGACCCUUCUUCGGGUGACGAUUCACAAGAGAAUGCGAUUUCCACCGAACCAUCGGAUUCUGCCUCGCCUGAAACCGCUGUCUUGGAAGCAGAGCCCAACCAAAUGGCACCACAGUCCUCCUACGCCAGUACGGGAAAGGCAGAAAAAGCAGCAUCAUGUGAGGCUCCUUCGAAUGGCAACAACGACCAAUUUCCUUUUGAUAGGAGUUUGUUGUCACUGUCCGUAUUAGAAUUACGAAGAGCCUGGCAGGUCAAGGCAGCGUUCCGGAGUUUCUGUGAUCUCGAUUUCGAAAGUGACUUCAUGUUUGCACACCUUGCCAUUGCUGCCAAGGGUGAUUUGGAAUGGGCCAUCGAUAGGGCUUACAAAAUGCAACGAGUCCGCCGUGAAUACAAUGUUCUUGGAACGUACGAAGAAGGAGUCAAGGCAAUCCGUGUCUUUUUGGAUAUUGCACCCAAAACUCUCAUGUCAUUCAUGUACAAUCCCCGCUCUGGGAGAUCUGUGCUCGUCUUUGACAGUGCAGUGCCUCUGCAGGAACUUUGUCAUCAAAAAAAUAUGGACAUUACCAUUCGCGGUUCUUUCUAUCUAUGUUAUGCCACAUUUCCUACCCUCCAAUGUGUGCAUGUUUUGGCAACACGCAUUUAUUUGAGAUGGAAGGCUACAGUUGGGCACAGGGUGUGAUGCAGGCCAAGCUUUUUGCCAAGGUCGCCAACGACUCACACGGGGCGUUUCCUUCUGUGAUAAAAGAGACUCGCUUCUACAAUACCUCCAUGGUGUCGCAGAUGGUUUUCAACAUGGUGAAUCGAUUUAUUCCACAAGAAGUGUCAGAGAGACAAAGAUUGGGCUGCACAUUUUCGGGAGGUAGACUGUCCAAUUUCUACUUGGUGCCGACACCUGAAGAUGCCUUCCAACGUACUUAUCUCAACAUCUGCAAUGGCCUCAAGGUUAGGAUGGAAUGUGAGAAGGCAUUCUCUUUGGAUGAUUUCAAACAUCCACUUCCAGAGGGUACUGAAACUCUCGAGACUCCCCCAUGAUACCACGGAACCUAGUCCAGUAGCUCCUAGUCCUGAAUUUCAACUCUUCUUUGCUGAAGACUGGCCCUGGCUGGCUUCCGUAGAUAAUCUAACUUCUCUAAACCCCCGUUAUUAGUUCUUG